AUGGAUAGCUCUGCGGCAACAUCAACCGACCACUCUGUUUCAAAACCUCGUGGGAGAGGCCGCGGCCGCUCCCGAGGGGGUCUGGGCAAAUACCUGCGAGCUCGAGGACGCGGGCGGGGUGGUGGGCGACCGGCUGAGUUUCGCGAACGGCUGGUGCUCGCAGGAGAACGGCCCGAAGAGCUCGAUGAGGAGGAGGCGGAAGAGCUCCAGAAACGGUAUUCACGGAGGCAGCUCGGAUCGAAUGCCGAUAGGUAUGCCGAGCCUGAACCUGAGCUCGGGUCGGACGGUGAGGAAAUACUCGAGCCGGAAGUGGACUUGUCGCGUUUUCUGGAACGGCAACGAUUAGACGACGCACCGCCUCCGCUCGGCACAUCAGUUACGACUGAGGAGCAUGAGGAUGACGUCGACCAUACCCUGUCUCAUGUCACGGCUAAACCAGUGGUAGGAGCACCGUCAAGGAAAGGCAAGGUCCAACACAUCGAGUGGGACUCCGAUCUGGAACAGAUGAGCCGCGAGAAGGUUGUGGCAGAGGCGAACUGGGAAUUGAAAACACGUUUUCGUGCCAAGACAGCACAGAAGCUGGAAAGGGCUGGACUUCGGGAUACAUCAUAUGUCGAGGCACCGCCUCUGCCUAUUGAAUCAAAAAAGCCUCCUCAAGAUGCUAAAUCGCAAAUGGAAGACUUUUUAGACGAUUUACUCAGUUAG